CUCUCUUACGGCCUCGGCAUCGCCUACGCGCUGCAAGGCGCGCUGCAGGUCGUGCUGCGCCUUGAGAUCGACCUCGUCUCCGUCGAGCGGAACCUACAGUACUGCGAGGAGACGCCGCAGGAGGAGCCGCGGUCCGCGCGUGUGCAUAACGUCGAGCCUGCACCGCUCUGCGACGCGUGGCCCGACGCAGGGCGACUCGCCUUUGUUGACGUGACGCUGCGCUACCGACCGGAGCUGCCGCCGGCGCUGCGCGGCGUGUCCUUCUCCGUCGAGGCUGGCGAGCGGCUCGGCGUCGUCGGCCGGUCGGGCUCGGGCAAGAGCUCGCUCGUGUCUGCGCUGCUGCGGCUCGUCGAGGUAGAGAACGGCGCCAUCUCGGUGGACGGCGUCGACGUGCGCAGCGUGCCGCUGGCCAGACUGCGCGCGGGUAUCGCCGUCGUGAUGCAGGACGCCGUCAUGUUUUCGGGCGACCUCCGCUACAACCUCGACCCGGCGAGGGCGUGCACCGACGAGGCGCUCACGCGCGCCCUGCGGCGGGUGAGGCUGUGCGCCGAGGCGGACGACGCGGCCGAGAAGCUCAAGGAGGCGGUCGGCGAGGGCGGCGACAACUGGAGCGCCGGGCAGCGCCAGCUCAUCUGUCUGGCGCGCGCGAUUCUGCGCGGCGCCAAGGUGCUCGUCUGCGACGAGGCGACCUCGUCCAUCGACGCAGAGACAGACGGCGUCGUUCAAGGCGUGCUUCGCGAGCGGCGCGCGACGAUGCUCGUCAUCGCCCAUCGCCUCGAGACGAUCCUCGACUUGGACCGCGUGCUGCUCAUGGACGCGGGCGCCGUCGCCGAGGAGGGGCCGCCAGCAGAA